UUCUCAAGUCAUGUUUUUUUUGCUUGAGGAAGUUGCUUCUCCUGGUCCUGCGCUCGCUUCAGGCUAGCCAGGUGACCAUUGUUUACUGCCUUGGAAAGUUCUUUCUAUAUCAACAGCACAGCAAUCGAACUGUCGGGAAGUUGCACGAGUAGUUCAAGUUUCAUGAUCCUUGACGGGAUCAACGUGUUGUUCCCUCCCUUGAGGUCUAUUUCUUGGAUGCGUAUUCAGUGAACAUGGAAGAGUUCGCUUCCGAGUACAAGGCUUCUCUCGAAGACUUGACGUUCAACUCGAAGCCUGUGAUAAAUACGCUUACCAUUUUGGCUGACGAAAACAAGAAAUAUGCCUCGGUGGUCGUGAAGCUGAUUGAAGGGAGGAUAAAGCAGGUUCAGCAAAACAUGAAGCUGCCAUGCCUUUACUUGCUGGAUUCGAUUAUCAAGAACCUAGGCGGAGAGUACCCCAUCUUCUUUGAGGGAAACCUGGUGGAAACAUUCGUCUCUGUUUUUCAGAUGGCUGAUGAGAAAGCUCGGAGAGACAUGUACAAGCUCCGCCAGACCUGGAAGAUGGUCUUUCCCGCGGAGAUUCUUCGUGCUCUCGACGUGAAAACGAAAUCGUUCGAUCCCAACUGGCCGAUUUUGAAGGCUUCUGCAAAGGCAGCAGGCGAUGGAGCAUCGUCUGGAAAGGCACCAGCGCCCGGCCCUGCCAAAACUGCUAUCAGCGCUAGUGCAGCAGCAGCAACGAAAGUGUCAGCGGCGACCGUACCAGUCAAUGUUCCAUCCCCUGCCACGGUGGGUGCUACCACGGCGCAAGUCACCACCGUGUCUUCGUCGUCGGUGCCACUCGCCGAAGCUGCUACACCGCCAUCUACGCCCUCUUCUAGCAUCCACAUCAAUCCGCGUUUCCUUCCACCUAUCCGAGAUGUACCUGGCACGACUGGCUCGGCUUCAGGCAGAAACCUUCAGAUUCUGCAGAUGAAGCGUGCCGAGCGCCAGCUGUUGGAUGGCUCUGGUGCAGCUGCUGCGAAUCCUGGUGACCCUCGCCUGGGUCGACAGCAGGAUCAUAGCCAGCUUAGUCGAGAGCAACAAGCGCCCGCAAUGGGUAGCCAGCUAGUGCAGGACCCCAGACCAGGAGUACAACAUUCUGGCAUGCCUUCCCAUUCCUCGGCUGGACACCCUUCACAGCAGCAGCCGCAAGGAACUCACGUUCUAUCUGGGUCUGAGGUGGUACCAGUAGAAGCCGCCCUCAUGCUGGGACAGACGGGCAGUACCAUGACAUCGCACAUGCAACCGGCGAAUAGCGGUCCUCCCGGAGGUGACCCGUCGCAUUCGUCCAUGCCGCCGGCGGUCAGUGAUCAUCUGAUGGGCAACUUUGGUGGUAACGUCCAUAAUGCCUCGCAGCCACCUUAUGUUAAUAACAACAACGGCGGCAGUAAUGCGUUUGCUGGUGCUUCUUCGGCCGCUAAUGGUCAUAUGGGCAUGCCACCGCCCAUGCACCUCGAUGACCAUCACGCACAGCAUCAGAUGAGCAUGCAGCAAGGUGAGAACAUGCAUCCGCAGCACCAGGGCCCACCGCCAAUGCAGCAGCCACCACCACACCAAUCACAUCACCAGCAGCAGCAACAACAACCACCGCCACAUCAUCAUCAGCAUGGGCAGGCGCAUCCCGACCAGUACCCGGGUAUCAAUGCCCAGCAUCCGCCACAGCAGCAGCAGCAACAGGUACCGCCGCCUAUGCAACAACAGCCGCAUCAGCAGAGUGACUAUCGUGGGCACAACGAACCUCCGCCACCCGCGCAUCACCAACCUCAACAAAUGCAGCAGCAGCAGCAGCAACAACACUCCGAUCACAGAAUACCACCUGACAAUCAUAUGAACCAUCCGGAUUUUCGGCCACUGCCGCCGCAUGAUGAUCAGCGUGGUGGUCCUCCAGCCUUUCCUAAUCACCCUGGAUUCGACCAUGGCUUUGGAAACUUUGAGCGGCCACCGCCACCAAACAAUCGCGGUCGUUUCCCAGGCAAGAAAAACAAGUGGAGUAGGAAUAAGAAGAAGAACCGGGAGCGCUUUACGCCGUAUGAGCGGGACCAAGAUGGUUAUGGUGGAGCGCAGUCAGGUCAUGGCCGUAAUGAAGUAUUCGCCAAUCAGCACCAAGAUCGUGAUCAUGGUGGGUCUCAGCCCAGUCGUAACCCAGAGCCGGCACCUCUCGAUAUUCAUAAAUUGCUGAAUGCUCUGGCAAAGAAGCCGGCUGGCAAGGAGAAUGAUGCUAAUCUACCUAAACAAGUGCAGCCUAAUGUCAUGCAGCUGCCGAUCAUCAAGCUUGAAGACUCUGAGCAAUUAAAGAGGGUUUACCCAGCGGCACUGGACCUGCUGUACACAGGUAGACAGUGCUCUAACUGUGGCCAGCGCUUCACGCAGGAAAGAGCCGACGAGUACCAGAGGCAUCUGGACUGGCAUUUCCAUCGUAACAAGCAGUUCAAGGAGAACAAGGCGUCGUCAAGACCCUGGCUUGUACCCCUUGAUGACUGGGUUACGUUUGUGGAAGGUGACACUCUGGAGCCUAAAGGUCGUAGUGCUGUGUUUGAUGCGGAGUCUUCCGAUGAAGAAGUCGAUGCGGAUGAAGUCACCAGUGUGCCAGUUGAGAACGACAGUGAUGCGGUAUGUCACGUGUGCCGUGAGCCGCUGAAACCACUCGAGUUUUGGCACGAUGACGAGGGAGAGUGGCACUAUCGUGAUACUGUACGGACGAGUGCCGGCAAGCUGUAUCAUCAAGGUUGCUAUGAAGAUGCUGUGCCGGACACUCCAACACCGGAUGUGGAGAGAAAGAUGGAUACGGCCGACCCGUUGUAUGGGGCAGUGCUGUCAGCUGAAGACCUUCAGGACACCGCUAUGGCCCCAGCGGAAGCCUCAGCCGACCUCGGACUCGCGAACAUCAAGACUGAGGAAUGCAGUUGACGACAUUCUGUACACACUACGUCUGCUACUUGCAUCUGUGAUGCGUAGAUUGUUAUAUUGUCCUGGUUUUCUGUGUCUUGUUUGUUUGUUUUCCUUGAUCUGGUAUUGUGCGCUGGUCGCAGGCUAUCGGAGAAUGUUGAUACCAUUUUUUUUAACCCCUUGAACCGAACAGUGUUUUAUCCUCCUUUAUUCUUCUCCCGUCUCUCGUCUUUUCCUGUGAUAUAUUCGUGUGUGCGUGUGUGUGUGUGUGUGUGUGUGGAUGCAGACGAUCUGUGUGUAAGGAGUUUCAUGCCUGUGUUGAUCACACGCAUGCCACUGACCAAGCCUGUAGCUGGUCGUACUCGGUAUCAACUCCCUGACGAAAACCCUGUUGGCUUUGCGUCUUCAGCUCAGUGGAGUCUGUUUUGGUGCGACGUUCCUUUUUAGCACCUGGUUUGUGUUCUUCAGCCACCUGGCUGUGGGGUCUACUGCAGGCAAGGACUAGAAAAAUGGGAUGUGUUGGGAGGAUGGGCAGCGGAUCAAGACACCGGCUUGAAGUUUUGGCGUUGGGUGCGGCGUGCUUGCGGUUGUGAGUGUUGGAUGCGACUGGAGCUUCGCUGCCCCAUGUUGUUGAUCCUGAGGGCCGGUUGUUGCUUUGUUGGCUGCGUGUGUUUGGCGAGUCACUGGCUCUUGGUCAGUGUGUGUGUGUGUGUGUGCAUGUGUGUGCGUGUGUGUGCAUGUGUGGUGUGUGUGCAUGUGUGGUGUGUGUAUAUGUGCUUCAAGCACUGUAGGCUUGGGUGAUGUGAAGCGAGUAUGUACUCUUGCUUCAUGGUACAGAUCUGGAAGUUCAUGGAUGUGUUGUUUGUUCCAUUCGAUAUUGGCUUGCUGUGUGGACGUGCACUGUGGGUGGGGGUAAUGUUUGUUGUAUUAAAUAGCACGCUUUGUUACGACAUACUGUGCUGUGUUAUCUCUUUACGGUUGAUUCAAUUCCUAUUCUCUGGCAUUUGUCUGUGCAUGCAUUUGUGCAAAUCCGUGCACGUGCCAAUAAAAACAAGUCCCGUUUUGUACCCAUUUUUAUAAACGUAAUCCAUGUCAACUAAAUUGCUAUUCUUGGCCAUACUUGCUUUCAUGUACCGGUCUGGUCUGAUGAUGUGAUACAUGCUUCAAAGUACAUGUACCUGUCCGAGUUAAAUUUCAUCUUGUUGCCUGUGCGUUUGUUCUGUUGCUGAAUUGUUGCCAGAAUAAAUGCUCUUUCCAAGGGA